AUGCGACAACAUUUCCGGCAUGUGACCAUCCCGUCUGUCAAGCAUGCCAGCUACUCUGCGACGAAAGAAGCGCUGGCCAAAGAAUGCAACAGCUUCAAGCCGGAUAUUGUUGUCGCUCAUUCGGCCGGCGUGGGGAAGGCUGUCACCCUGGCGACGACUGGGACCUUCCUUGGGCCUUUGGUGCUCUUGGCCGGCGGGAACGGCUGUGCGCCGGUCUCUGACAUGACCGGGCGAGCAGUCACACUGGUUGUGCCAAGCGCUGAUCCGGAUGCGGCUGCGCAGAAGCGAGCCUUGCGAUCGGCGCUGGACACAUCUAUGGUGUGCGGCGUAGACGUCGAGGAUAAGCACGACCUCAAUAAGUCUAUGGUGGAGCAAGCGAUGCUUCGCAAAAUCAUCGAGGAUACGUACAAGCGUCACACGGGAGCUGUUUUGGCCCCGGCCGCCGCCGUCGACUCUGCUGCCAAGGUGGAGACUCCUGUGAAGGAGCAGGUGAAAUGGAUCUUUUCGGAGUGGGAUCUGAACGAUGACGGUCUGGUCACCGGCGCCGAGUUCAAAGAAAGCCUCGCAACGCUGUGCGAUCAGAUGUCGCCCGAGGAUGUGGAGACAGUGGUUCAAAUUGUAGAUAAGAACAAGGACGGCCAGGUGGACGUCGAUGAGUUUCUGGAAUGGGUCUUCUCGGGUGCUGAGCAUGCGGAGAAGGUCCUCGCCGAGACGGCGGCGCCUUCUCCACCCGAGCCGUCCACAGCAAAGGACGGUGAUGCCAAAGCCGAAGCCACAGAAGUGGCAGAAGCAGAGGCAUUGCACGAGCCAGCUUCGCCAGAGCAGCCGUCAGCUGCCCCGUCCGCAGAGCCAGAGCAAGCAGAAGCUUCGGCCGAGACUGCGGCAGAGGCGCCGGCAGAGCCCAGCUCCACGGAACCCGCGCCGGCGCCACCAACUGAGGUAGGCGCAGAGAUCGAGGAUGCUGCCGAUCUGCCAGCUGCACCUUUUUCUACAGCGUCGUGUUUCUACGCGGCGGAGCCAGGUCAGCUCUACACUUGGGGACGUGGAAGCGAUGGUCAGCUCGGGCAAGAGAAGAUGCGAUUCCCCUCUGUCAACUGUGCCCUGCCCUACCCCAUCCCACGCCUGAACCAGGUUGUUCACGUUUCCUGCGGCGGCGGUCAACAAGGUUGCACUGGAGCGGUCACAGCAGAUGGAGCUCUCUACACUUUCGGCAACAACUUCAAGGGUCGGUUGGGCCAUGGGGAUGGGCCGAAUGUCACUGAGCCAAGAAGAGUAGAAGCUUUGGCAAAGGAGCGGGUACUCAUGGCGGCUUUCGGAAGCGACCAUGGCUCUGCUCUGGUGGGCGGUGGGAGAGUGUUUCUAUGGGGCAGCAAUCGGUAUGGACAGCUGGGUCGAGGGCACGCGGACAAGGCCGAUGCCAAACCGAAGGAAGUCGCGCUGCCAGCUGCUGCCGUGCAAAUUGAUUGCGAGGACCAGUAUUCGGCCGCUCUACUCGAGGACGGACGACUCUUCACCUGGGGCAGCAACGGCCACGGCAGGCUUGGACAUGGAACGACGGAUGUGUCGGUUCACACUCCUACAGCAGUGGCAGCCGAGGGCGUGAGCUUGGUUCUGGUGAGCCUCGGCUCUCUCUAUGCGGGGGCAGUGGGCAGCAACGGCGAACUCGUGAUGUGGGGCUACGGGGGCCACGGCAACCUGGGCCUCGGCGACCGAGCGCCGCGCUCGGCACCGGCAGCCGUGGUUCUACCUGAACCUGCAAGGCACGCAAUGGGCUUGGGUUUGUGUGAAGACUGA